GAUGAGGAACACAAGAUGCAAACGCUGAAGAAUCUGCAGUCACACAACUAACCGGCAGAACUGGGACUGUAAUCCAUCACACUUUGACUUUAAACCAUAGGUUUACUGAAAUUGUCCUCCAUCCUCUUCGUUGAUGUUUCCCUGAGCCGCGUCUUCUUCAGGGUAUCAACUGAGUAUUUUAAAUUAAAGUGGGCAAAGCGCAACCUCCGCUAGGCGCAUGCGUCCCUUCCUUUUCCCACGGUAGGAAAAAAAGACACCGCCUUCUUUCCUUCCGCUUUGCACAUCUUUUGGCCCGGGCGACUCGCCAUUGCCUUUGGGGAGGUGUUCACUGGCCGAAGUGAUGGCGACCGGGACCCCAGAUUCGCAAGCGCGAUUCGGUCAGUCCGUGAAGGGGCUUCUGACGGAAAAGGUGAACACCUGCGGUACUGACGUGAUCGCUCUAACCAAGCAGGUUCUGAAGGGCUCCCGGAGCUCCGAGCUGCUAGGUCAGGCAGCUCGAAACAUGGUACUCCAGGAAGAUGCCAUUUUACACUCAGAAGAUAGUUUAAGAAAAAUGGCAAUAAUAACAACUCAUCUUCAGUACCAGCAAGAAGCUAUUCAGAAGAAUGUUGAGCAGUCUUCAAAUCUACAGGACCAGUUGAAUCAUCUAUUGAAAUAGAACGAGUUAGAAGAGGGCAAAAGCACUUCUUUGCCUGAUCCUGAGGAGGAAGUAUCUUACAUAACCAUGUGCUAUGGGUUUGAUUUUCCAUUUUCUUCUCCAAAAGUUAAGUUAGAAAAGAUCUGUGAUGAUGAACAGUUUCUCCUGAAAGGAAAUUAGGUGAAUAAAUUUUAGAAGCACUUCUUAAAUCAAACCAACCCAGGCUUUCAGUGAAUUUUUAAGUUGUUCUAUUAGUUUGAUAUUAAAGCAAAAUUAAAGGAUGUCUUAGUUUUUCCCACAGAAUUUUAAUAUGUCAAAAGCCAUGUUGUCUAAAUGUGUUUCUUAAGUAAAUACUGAGUAGUGUUUUAAAUUCAGACUUAGAGAUUCUACUGUGAAUUUAUAAGAAUGAUUAAUAUUUUUUAAAGACUUUUUUUCUUUUAAUCAUACUUUCAGGAAAUAUUUUAAUUUCAUGGUCACAGAAUGAUGAUUAGGUAAUACCGGUUGUUUUCUUUUCUAGUAACUAAGAAGAGAUACUUAUUUGUUGGAGCAAAUUCCUUCAUGAAAAUUAGGCAAAUGGUAUCAUAUCUGGCCAGCUGCAACCUCCUGCCUUGACCUUCAUUCCUAGGGUUUCUUUGUUGUUGUGACUCUUGAUUAAGUGGCCUUGGGUUCAUUUUGUAAUUUUGCUAGUCGUCAGCAAAUUCACUUGUAUGACAUUGUUGCCAAGUAAGGACUCAGCUAAAUUACCAGGAUUGCAGUAUAAGGUUGUGCCAUGUAGAAAACCUUAUGUUUGUAGAUGUAUACCCAUGUUCACUGAAUUUAUCUUAUUAAAUGUCAUUGACUUUGUUCUCAA